AUGGUGCUUGGUUUGGUUUCCUACGAUAGUAGCAGCGAUGAUGAGGUAGAGCAUCCACAUCCUUCGCCAAAUCCCCAGAAAAGGAAAAAGGAGCUUCCGGAUCCAAACCUACAAGCUGGUCAGAAUGAAGGUCAACAUCCAAUUGAACACUCAUCAUAUGGUAUAUCGCAUGUUGAAACCGAUCCAGUAGCAGCCGGACCUGUUCUUGGCCCCUCAUCUAUGGAUAUGGCGCCCCUCCCAGAGGAUAAACAGCCGACAAGUGGACGUUCAUCUCCUUUCUCGGCUUCACGGGCACUUGCCCAAGACCUCACUCUUCCUCCAGUACCAUGUUUUGAGAUCCCACCGUCCCCUCCCGGAUCUCCCAAUCCAGCUGCCAAUGCGAAAUUUGAGCACUUUCUCUCGCUCAAGAAACAAGGCGUACACUUCAACUCCAAACUUGCCAGCUCCUCCUCGCUCAAGAAUCCGAGCUUACUGACAAAGAUGAUGGAGCACGCCGGGAUCAAUGAGCAAUCGCAAUACGACACGUCGCUGCCAGUCGAUGUAUGGAGUACUGCCCAUCUACCCCAAUGGGGAUUCAAGGAAGAGCUUUUGAGAAUCCAACAAGAAUUGCGGAAGAAAAUGGAGCAGAAGAAUGCAUUGGGCCAGCGAACUUCAGUCGAUUUUGUUUCUGGGUCUGCCUGA